UGGGUUCCAUUUAAUAGGACUUAUUUCGAAUAUGAUUCUGUUGCUGAUCGAUUUAUUUCGGUUUGAUACGGAGUACUAUUUUUCCGUUAAACGCGGAUAUGCUAAGUCCUGAUUAAAAAAGCUAUGCUCGAACACCGGCAGAUUUGGACUUUGGAGUAGGUACCGCUAGAGAUUCCGGGGUGUAGAUAUCAUCGACCACGUUAUCCCUGAAACCCGUAUCUUCUUGUCUGAAGAAUCCACACCCGAUAGAUGGAUCAUCCUCCGACCCGCUCCACAACCCAUUAAGCAAACAGGUUCGUCUUCUUAUUCUAUUUUCAGGUGAGACUUACGUCCCUUUAAUGUGACUGUAUCUGCACCUCCAGUAAAUCCUCCCUUUCUCUUGUUAGAUGACGCAAAACCAUAUAGCGAUUUGAUUCCCCAAUUGAACAAUUGUUAUAACUCCGAGAUUUAUGCGCAUGUGAAAAACGAACGGAUUGAUUUUGGAAUGGGGAAUCGAACUCGUGGUGAAAGUGAAAGGAUGAGAACAGUCUGGACUCUGGAGAUGGAUAGAUACUUCAUUGACCUAAUGUUGGAAAAAAUUGGAAAGUGGAGCGACGUUUAUGAUCAUACGUUUAGCAAGUAUGCCUGGAAUCAAAUGACUUCUUUGUUCAAUGAUAAGUUCAAGUUUCAGUACGACAUGGAUAUCCUGAAGAAUAGGCACAAGACGCUUAGAACUCUUUACAGAGAUGUACUGCAUCUUCUUGGCCAGGAUGGGUUUAUAUGGAACGAUACCCUGGGAAUGGUGACUGCUGACAGUAAAGUCUGGGAUGAACACAUAAAGGUUCAUCCAAAGUCACGACCUUACAGAAUAAAAACCAUCCCAUAUUUUCACGAUCUCUGUGAGAUAUAUAAGCACACGAGUUUUGAAAAGAAAGGAUUUGUUGCUUGUGAUAAUGAGUUCUCUAAAAACAACAAAGAAACACAAUCUGACUCUGGUAGCUUGCCCGAAGGUGAAAACUCCGAGGAUAUGAAGUUGGGUCUGGCAAAAGAAGAAGAGUCAAUGAUUUCAACCUAUGAAACUCCUCAUGAAAUUGCCCUCAUAGAGGAUUGUGGACUCUCUGAUGUCAAAAUAGAAAUACCGGUUGAUGACAGCACAUCAUCAUCUACUUUAGCUACCAAUCGUACAAGGACGUGUUGGCAGCCACAGAUGGAUUUCUACUUCAUUCAUCUCAUGUUAGAUCAGGUGAAGAAAGGGAAUCAGGUUGGUGGUAUUUUCAGAAGAGAAGCAUGGGUGGAGAUGGUUUCUUCUUUUAAUUCCAAGUUUGGGUUCCACUAUGAAUUUGAUAUCUUGAAAAACAGGUUUAAAUCUAUGAGGAAACAGUAUAGUGUUAUAAAUGAUCUUCUUAAAUUGGAUGGCUUCGUAUGGGAUGAUGUAUGCAAAAUGGUCACAGCUGAUGAACAGGUCUGGCAAGAAUAUAUCAAGGGCAAUACAUGACCAAACAUGCACCAUACUAUAAAGAAUUGUGCGUCAUAUGUGGUGAACAUACUAGUGAUGGAAAAAACAGUCUUUUGGGGCAUAACACAGCUCAGGUAGAUGAAGCUCUUGAAGCCAAGUUUGGUGUGUUGCUGAAUAGUUUUGAAUCCCCACUUGCCUUUGUUUCCAUUGAUGACCAAAUCGGAAAAAAGGAUGAUUUUUCCGAUAUGGAUUUCAAUGGAACGGAUCCUUCAAAGAGCAAGCGACAAUUAGACAACCCUUCAGUUUCUGAACGCUCCAAGAAAACACGGAGUAAAGAGGAGGGCAUUGCACAUGCUCUUCAUGAGAUGGCAAACACAACUUCAUCUUUGGCAGGUAAAAUAAUGGAUGAGGAGGAGAAAGAAUGCUCAAAUUGUGUUUCCAUAGAAAAAGUGAUCAAAGCAAUCCAGGCCCUGCCUGAGAUGGAUGAUGACCUUAUUUUGGACGCAUGCGAUUUCCUAGAGGAUGAAAAGAGAGCAAAGAUAUUUUUGGCCCUAGACGUUAAACUACGAAAGAAGUGGUUAAUGAGGAAGCUUAGAGCAUAACAGGAAUAAGAAUAAGAUGGAUCAGGAUGAGCUCAUAAUACGUAGGACUUGAAAGUGUUACUUAACUGUAGAAUAAUGUUCACUUGCUUAAACUCUUGUAGGACUCGGUUUAGUCAUAUUUAUACACGGAACAUCUAAUUAAAAUAUGUUCAUUUUGUUUUAUGUGAGGUGAACUUGUCAAAAAAAUUAAGUGUGAAAAUGGCCCCAUUUCCGGACCAUAUCUGGAAAGACCAUUUUUAACUACC